AUGUGUUAUUAUCAAUAUUUUAAAUGGCAUGGACCCUUUCUUGCUCAAUUUGAAUUCAAUGAAAGAAUUAUUCGGGGUAAUGGUUCUGACGAUGUCGGCUCAUUUGAUAUUACAGGAAGCUAUUCAACCGAUGAUAAUCAUAUGACUUUAACGAAACACUAUAAACGUGGAACUGGCAAUCCUCGUGAAAAUCUCGGACAUCAAGUUAAAAUUGAUUUGAAAUGGAACGAACAAGAACAACAAUUCAACGGUCAAUGGAUCAUUAGAACAACAAACUAUUCUGGUCAAGAUAAAUUCGAAUUGAAAUUAAAACAGGAUCGAGAACCAACGUUAUAA